AACUAAAGAAAGAAAAAAUCGUUCAUUGGCAGCUUGAAUGCAAAAGCGAAAGGAGUCGGGAUUUGAGGUUGUUAUCGAAGGAAGAUAUGGAAGAUUUGUGGCUAAAAAAGCAAGAAGCCAUUGCCAAAAGAGUGCGGAUGAAACAAUAUUCAUUUUCUCAUCGGGAGAGAGGACAAGACCCGACUCUGCAAGAAUUAUUAGCCCACGGAAAAAGCAGAAGGCAGUCAAGCCAAAAGGAAGAAACAGAGAAAUGGAAGAAUUUACCUGAUUUAUACACUUCUGCAGGUGAUUCGAAUCGGCUGACAUUACUAAAGCUGAAAACUGCACAUAAACAAGAAUUGAUGGAUGAAUUAAAUUCACCAUUUUCACUACCAAGGAGAUCGUUUUGUCACAUAAAACAGAGAUCAAUUGGAGACGAAGGCUCCUUACCAAACUCUCCAGUUUUCCCAACUUACAUGGCUGCCACGGAAUCUGCUAAAGCCAAAUCAAGAUCAAUAAGCAUGCCAAAGCAACGGCUAAGAUUAUGCGAUACACACUCUGGUCAACAUUCUCCAUACAAGCUCAGGCUUUCUUCAUGGAGCUCCUUUAAUGGCGAAACGAAGAACAUUAACCAAAAGUGCAGUAUUUCUCAGUAGUACCUUGCCAAAACAGAUAGCCAUUGUUAAAAUUGUUUCCGACUCCGCUCGUGUUACCUCAUGUACAUGUGUGCAUAUACAGAAAAUCAUCCACAAUUUUAUGUUUUUGUGUGUAAGCUCCAGAAGGUGUUGUGUGUUCAUUUGGGAGAUUCUCUUCCCUUGUAUCUUGGAAGAAAUUUUGUUCGAUCAUACUUCUUACUGAUGUCAGUUCAUCUCUUUCUGUCUUUA